AUGACGUAUCAUCGCCAUAUUGCCAGAGUUAUGUUCAUGUUGAUAGUCAUACAUGCCGUAUGCUACACUAUCAGAUUGAAGGCGACUUAUGCCCAGGAUAUGAAAGAAACCUAUUUGAUCUGGGGUGUUAUUGCAACCGUUUGUGGAGGUAUCAUCUUGUUUCAAGCGCUACUUUAUUUUAGAAGAAAUUGGUAUGAAACCUUUUUGUUGAUUCACAUUGUUAUGGCAGCGUUGUUUGUGGCUGGAACUUGGAUCCAUGUUGUUGAUUUUGGUUAUGUUUGGUUUGUUUACCCUACGGUGGCUGUGUGGUGCUUUGAUAGACUUGUAAGAAUUAUAAGACUAAUCUAUUUUGGGUUCCCAGUUGCUGAGGUCAAGUUGCUAACUGAUGACUAUAGUGAAGAAGUUGUUUUGAGAGUAACUAUCCCUAAGCCCAAAUACUGGAAAUCUAUUGCUGGCGGUCAUGUGUUUAUUCAUUUUUUGAAACCUGCAUACUUUUGGCAAAGUCAUCCUUUUACUUUUGUUGAUUCCACGGUAAGUGAUGGUCACAUUGUUUGUUAUUGCAAAAUCAAAGCUGGAAUUACGCGUGCUUUGUAUCAAAUGUUGAUGAAUACUCCUGAUAGAUGUAUGCCAAUUAGGGUCGGUGUGGAGGGCCCCUAUGGAGAAUCUACUCCAGCUCGUUACGCCGAUACUUGUGUUUUUAUUGCCGGUGGAAACGGGAUUCCGGGUAUAUAUUCUGAAAUUGUGGAUAUUGCAAACAAACAACAGCUGUCAAAAGAAGAAGGGUGCAAACGGAGAUUGGAAUUAAUUUGGGUUAUCAGAAAGUGUAAUAUGCUACUGUGGUUUCACAAUGAGCUUGCCAAUCUUAAAAAUACGAAUAUUGAAGUUACAAUUUACGUUACACAGGCUACGCAAAAGGAUUUAGGGGACCAUGAUAAUGAUAAGUUCACAAAAAGUUCUGAGAGUUUAUCGAAAAGUGCAAACGACACUGAUUCAAGUCUUUCAACUAUUUCACAUGCAAAAUUCAUACAUGGUAGACCUUGUCUUGAGGAUAUUAUAAAACAAGAAAUAUCUGAGUCAAAUGGAUCUGUUGCUUUUGUUUCAUGUGGACAUCCCGCUAUGGUCGAUGAGAUACGUUAUCAGAUUCUGCAAAACAUUAACAAUGAUGAAAGGAAAAGAGUGGAUUUUUAUGAGCAGCUACAAAUAUGGGCUUAG